UGCGCGUGCGUACUCUGCGCUGGUUUAUUGUGUGUUGGAGCCUGAGGCCGGUUCGUGGCGGGAGUCGAACAUUUUAUUUUUUUUUGGCCGUUCCUGUGAAGUUGUGGUCCUGUUAUUUCCUAUCUCAGGCUCCGUGCGGCUAAGCCACGCAGACCUCGGCCGGCCUUUGCCUUGCCCUUUUGGGAUCGCGUUACUGCCGCUUGGCGCCUUGCUCUGUCCCAGGGCCCGAGGCGGCGCCGCGAUGCUGAAGAAACGUAAGGGGCGAAUCGUCAUCGACUCGGACAGUGAUGAUAGCGGGAGUGAGGAGAACCUGGACCAGGAGUUAUUGUCCUUGGCAAAGAGGAAACGAAAUGAGCCAGAACAGCAAGAACAACAGGCAAGCAAGCCAUCAGCAUCAUCAGAUUCAGAAACCUCAGACAGUGGUGAUGAGUGGACUGUGGGAGGCAGCAAGACCAAAAAGAAGGGGAAAGGCAAGAGUGGAGAGAAGAAACAAACUACCAAGAGGGCAGUGAACAAGGCAGCGUCUUCAGGCAGCUCAGCGGAAGACAGCUCUGGAGAUACUUCUGCUCCAGAAGAAGGGGAAGUUUCUGAUUCAGAAAGGAGUAGCUCAUCUUCAAGCUCUGAGUCUUCAUCCUCAUCAGAAGAGGAGGAGUUCCAUGAUGGCUAUGAUGAUGACCUCAUGGGUGAUGAGGAGGAUAGAGCAAGGUUGGAACAAAUGACUGAGAAGGAACGUGAACAAGAACUCUACAACCGGAUAGAAAAACGAGAGGUGCUGAGGCGUAGAUUUGAAAUUGAAAAGAAGUUGAAAGCAGCAAAGAAAAAGGAAAAGAAAGAGAAAAAGAAGAAAAUGGAGGAAGAGCGUGAGAAGAAGAUGCAGCAGAUUCAAGAGUUGCCGGUGAUGUCUCACAACAAGGAACGGAGAUCAAGGAGGGAUGAGAAACAGGACAAGAAGUCUCAGGCUAUGGAGGAACUGAAAGCUGAAAGAGAGAAGAAGAAAAAUAAAACGGCUGAAUUAUUGGCCAGGAAGCAGCCUCUAAAAGCCAGUGAGGUUUAUUCUGACGAUGAAGAAGAGGAAGAGGAGGAGCAGUCUAGUGUGAAGAGCGAUCGGUCCUCUAGGUCUUCGUCUUCUGAUGAAGAGGAAGAAAAAGAGGAAGUUCCAGCGAAAUCGCUUCCUGUCACUUUGCCAGAGGAACUCAACAAAAUCAGGCUUUCACGGUAUAAACUGGAGCGAUGGUGUCACAUGCCCUUCUUUUCUAAAACAGCAGUCGGGUGCUUUGUUCGCAUUGGCAUUGGAAACAGCAAUGGGAAGCCAGUGUACAGGGUUGCAGAGAUCACUGGUGUUGUAGAAACUGGAAAGGUUUAUCAACUGGGCAGUUCAAGGACAAACAAAGGGCUGCAGUUACGUCAUGGCUCAGAUGAGCGGGUGUUUCGACUUGAGUUUGUGUCAAACCAGGAAUUCACUGAAACAGAGUUCAUGAAAUGGAGAGAGACGAUAGUGAUGGGAGGAAUGCAGUUACCGACCAUGGAUGAAGUUAACAAGAAGGAACAGCAGAUCAAACAGGCACUGGAGUAUAAGUUUAAUGAUCAUGACAUUGAAGAGAUUGUGAAGGAGAAGGACCGAUUCAGGAAAGCACCUUCCAAUUAUGCCAUGAAAAAGACUCAGCUGAUGAAAGAAAAGGCAAUGGCAGAAGAAGCAGGUGAGCCAGAGAAAGCCCGGCAAAUCCAGGAACAGCUGAAUGAAUUGGAAGAACGGGCAGAGGCCCUCGAUAGACUUCGCACAAAAAACAUUUCUGCCAUCAGCUACAUAAACCAGAGGAACAGAGAAUGGAACAUUGUGGAGUCUGAAAAAGCUUUACUGGCUGAAGUCCAGAGUGAGAGGACCAAGCAGAUGGACCCAUUCACCAGGCGCCAGUGUCAACCCACCAUCGUCUCCAAUUCUCGGGACCCUGCAGUCCAGGCUGCCAUCAUUGCUCAUCUGAAUGCCAAGUAUGGAUCUGGGUCCCAGACAGAGCUGCCUCUGGAGCUAAACAAACCGCAGGAUCAGGGUAGCAGUAAAAAGGAGGACAGCAAUAAUAAAACUAAUUCUGACCUCUCUGAGGACCUCUUCAAGGCACAUGACUUUGAUAUCAAGAUUGAUCUGCAAGUACCCAAUGCAGAAUCCAAGUCAUUGUCAGUGAGCUCGAAAACUCCAUCUGUCAAAGAUGGAACCCCAAGGCGAUCCCUAAACCUGGAGGACUACAAAAAACGCCGAGGGCUGAUUUGAAGGGUACCACGCUGCUGCUGCAGUUCUUGCAUGUGUCUGUCUCAUUGGCAGUGGCUAAGUGCAGCAAGCGGACAUUAAAGACUGAGUUUGCCCGUCUGUCUCAAUGCAGACAGAAUGGCUGUUGUAUAAAAAGAAUACAAUGCCUGGUGAUUUUUUUUUCCCCUUUAGUCAAAAUAACUUGAGUGCUGCUUUCUGUCAUUCUUUAGUGCUUGGCUGCAAAGAGAUCCCACUCAGUAAACAUGCAGUCUUUUUAAUCUUAACUGGGAUUGAGACAUUCAUUUGAGGGACGGUUUGAUUUAUUCAUUGAGUGAACUCGCUUUGAUGCAAAGCUCUUCCAUGAGAACAUCUUGUAUACAGGAAACACUUUUGUACGGUCUUGAUUUGUAUAUGUACAUGUAGUUUAAAUGGAUAACAGAAACAAACAUCCAUAGCCGAAGUGCAGUCUGACCACAUCACACCUGUUGGCUACUAUAAACGGUGAAGUAAUUUGUUUUCCUCCUAACUUCAACUGUCAGAUUCCCCAUCUCUUGGGAAAACACCCAACUCAAAAGUUGCCUGGAAAUUUUCUUUACAAAUUCACCAAGAUUCAUCUCACUCAUUUGAUAAAGAAGGUUUUGAUCACACAUUUGCUGAGGCUCCAAACAGCAGUCACUGAGACAACUUCUGGCAAAUUGAGAGGAUUGGGUUUAACAAGUUCAAAAAGGAGUUCCCAAAAGUUCAGAGAGGUGUCUUUAAAUACUACUGAUCACUCAAGCCCUGUACAUUGACCUUUUUGUGUAAUCAUAGCACCUCGAGCAUUAACCUGGGCUGCUUAAAAUUAAAAAGAAGUUUCAUUUAUUUUGUUUUGACUUUUAAAGAAAACCAAAAGCAAGAAAUAUUUUCCUUUCUUAAAAUAAACUUAUCAGUAUCUGAAAGAAACCCAGGAGUGUGUUUUCAAAUGUUGUGCAUGGUCAUGUCCUGCAGAAUUAUUAUUGCCUUUUGUCAGAAUUAUCCACUAUUUCCAUCAGCAUUUUCUAUGUUUACUUCUACAGCAAGCUUCAUUUUUGUGGUUAAACUCUACAAGCUUGGAGCUAUGUUGUUCCAUGUUUGCUCAGUUCAAGUGCUAGUUAAAAGGUUGGUUUAUGUAAUGUUGGGGGCCAUAUGAAGAUUGCGGUAAACUCUGCUAUUCCAGGAUGAAACCAGCAAGGCCUACUUUGUGCUGCUUUAAUUUCAGUUGACAGUGAAGCGUGCUCCGUCGAUUUAUCAAAUGGCAAAAUUUGAAACUGAAAGCAAUGUACUCUUGUAGUACUGUAUUCCUGCCACUACAUGGUAGUGUUAUAAUAAAAUGCUAAUCCAC